AUGGACACUGACCAACAGCUUACUUUGAAAUUAUUCAAUUGGAAUACUGAUUUUGAUAUGAUAGUCACUCUAGUUUAUGCUAAGUGUGACAGAAGUGAGAGAAUUGAACUGUGGGAUUCCAUGUAUAAUCUUGCAUCAGACAUGACUCUCUCUUGGCUGGUUGGUGGAGAUUUCAAUGUCAUUGUAGAGGAGGAGGAGAAAUAUGGUGGCUUACCUGUAACUUUGAAUGAAGUAGAGGACUUCAGAAAUUGUAUUCAGUCCUGUAAUCUUAGUGACUUGGGUUAUAAAGGAAGCAUUUUCACCUGGUGGAAUGGAAGGGCUGCAGAUGAAUAUUUUCUACAGCUUGUGAAGGACAAUUGGCAGACAGAUGUGGUGGCCAAUUCUUUCAUGACCUUUAAUGUCAAGCUUAAGAAGCUGAAGAAGGUGUUGUCUCAGUGGAGUAAAAUAGCGUAUGGUGAUUUCUUCCAGAAUAUCACUAAUCUUGAAGAAGUCAUCAAAGCUCAUGAGGCAUUGUUUGAGGCAGAUCCUUCAAAUACCAAUAGGGAGAAACUUCAAAAAGUGCAAGCUGAGAUGACAAGAGCAUUGCAUAUAGAGGAGGAAUAUUGGAAACAGAAGUCUGGCAUGACAUGGUUCCAAGAAGGAGAUAAAUAUUCUAAAUUCUUUCAUGCACAUGUUAAAGGAAGGAGGAAAAGGCUGCAGUUGAAAAGAAUAUAG